AGCUGGAAAAUGCACUCCAUCGAACAAGUUCAUGGGCGUUAUCGGAGAACUUGAGAAAUCAGUGUUUGCUGCAAAAUCUCAACGCUAUCGUCCAACCAAAGCUCGCAUAGACAGGAUAAAGAAAUACAUCGAUCUGGCGAGCAAAUACAACAGCAAAAGAUUUACAUUGGAUUCUCUUGGAUCUGGGCUGUACACAUCAAUGAAACUAACGCCCUCUGCGCCAAGCCGUAAGCGAAGUUUACUCACAGGAGCCAUGAAGUUUCUUGAAGCCGUAAAGAAAGAGCUUGGAGGGAAAGUAUUCGAUAAAGUCAUAAAUGUUAAAGGAGAUGUGACUCUGAUUUUUGUUAUUGAUGACACUGGAAGCAUGGGUGGUUUUAUUGACGCUGCAAAAGCACUUGCUACUGCUAUCAUCAACACCAAAAGAGAUUACGAUGUGGAAUAUAUUUUAUCACAAUACAACGACCCAACGCCUACCAAAGUAACCACUAUGACGUCAGACCAAAAGGAUCAGUUUGUGAAAGAAAUUGGGAAACUGCGUGCGCAUGGCGGAGGCGACUGCCCGGAACUUGCAUUCGCGGGAAUGCUCGAUGCAAUCGCUGCAGGCCCAAACAUUGCUUCACCCAUGUUUGUGUUCACCGAUGCAACUGCAAAAGACUACAACAAAGAGAACAUGGAAAGACUUCUCGACGAGGCUUAUUCGCUUGAACUCAACAUCAAUUUCUUUGUUCGGAAUCGUCCUUGUCGCCAGGAUUCGUAUAAACCGUACGAAGAACUUGCCGAGAAGACUUGUGGCCAAAUGAUAUAUCUACCCUCCGCCAGUUGCCUCUCCAGUCUUACUGGCCUCGCACAAAAGUCUUUGGUUGGAAAAACCUGUUUGAAAUCGGGUGGCUUUGGAUAUGGACCUGGAAAGAGGCGUAAGAGGGCAGCUGGAGAUAGCGUGUAUGUAAUUUCAGUGGAUGAUAUAACAGAUGCAGUGAUGAUUACUGUGAGRGCUGCUAAURAUAACMCAGGURUUACCCUKRCUACGCCUAGUGGGGUGGUGGUGUCUGAUCCAAGUGUACGAAUAAGUGUCGGCAAGGGGUACAUCUACGACAUCACAAACCCUCCACCAGGACAAUGGAAACUGACAGUUAGCGCCUCAGCUGGAGCCCAUAGUUACGAUGUCCAGGGAACAAGCAAAUCUAAUGUGGACUUCAGUUAUUUCUUCAUCAUGAUUCCUACAUCAGGAAGAAACAGGGAGCCUAUUUCUGUGCCUUAUCCACUUACGGGUGUAAAAGCAAAGGCAAUUGUGACUAUAACAGGAGUGGAUAAACUACAGUCAAGCUCACUCGCGCUUAGUUUGAUAGACAAGAACGGCAACCUAAUCGGAGACGCUGACAGCUUUACACCUCAAGGUGCAAGUGGAGUUCACUUCCUCGCCACAAUGUCACCACCAACAGGCCCAUUCAAGCUUCUCCUAAAAGGAAAAACCAAGGGCGGAUACCCAUUUAAGCGCAACUCUCGCACGGUCAUCGAAGCCAAWAGCGCUGUYCUUACUCUCUUGUACACCAAAAAUGACCAAACCAUCCCAGCCGGUGGGACUUCCUACGCCUUCCUGGUGCUCCACAACUCAGGGAAGGUAACCGAACGAUUCACGAUCACUGCGAAGGACAACCUUGGUUUGGUGUAUAGCUUUACCAGCAGUAAGACGGUGCGUUCCAAAGGAGCAAAWACCAUCGUGGUGCGUGUACGAGCCAGCGUAGGUGACAGAGGAAAAACAGCCACCGUGUUCGUUCGUGCAACUGGAGAAACAUCUAARGUAGUGACUGGUUAUGCCCUAACAAUGUUGGUAGUCUAAGUAUCAUCUUCGUGCUUUGUGUGUUAAACCUGAGUAUCUGAUUGGAUCGAUCAUAGACAUGAAUAAACUGAACAACACUAGAUUUAGAUUUAAAUUUGAGCAAUGUGUAAAAACAACGAUAAAAAUAUCAACUGUCUCCCUCGAUGAAAGRAAAUCCAGGGCGAUUUAGGAUUCUGCAAUCUGAAGGUGGAAUUAUUGAUUCCAAAAUCGUAUUUUUAGUUUCAAUUCCACUACUUGGAUUCCAGAUUGUACAUCUWGGAUUCAGUGUUCCAUACCUUUACUUGGAUUUAACUUUCCAUGUAUUUCCUGGAAUUCCGCUUCAAAUCUUACUUUUUUCCCCUAAUCUCAUGUUCCAUAUCCUACGUGUCAAAAGUCAUUUUGAGUUUAGUUUUGCGUGUCUGGAUUCCCUACAUCGAGCUAAAAUGUUGUCCCUACAAUAAAGAAUUAAACCCACUCAUACUGAAAAAGAAAUUGUAAAUCUAUCAUGCAUUUUCCCCUAACUAAURAAUACACGCAUUGCUCAAGGCAAACAGAAAAUAAACACCUUUAUAGAUGUUAAAUAUAAUUGUAACAUUAAAAAGGCUUUGUCCAUCAAGGGAUAUAAAUAAAAAUAAUUCUAGACA